AUGCUGGAAUCUCUUGAUAUUACCCAUCUUACUUUUGCAGCAAUUCAGUGUUUCAUGGGGGUUUUAGCAAAUGGCAUCAUCGUGGUUGUAAACAGCACAGACUUGAUCAAGCAGAGAAAGAUGCUGCCCUUCGACCUCCUUCUUUGCUGCCUAGCGACUUGCAGGAUUUGUCUCCAGCUAGUCAUGUUCCACCUCAAUCUGGCUAUUCUUUCCUUGAUUGAAUUCCCUCCUCCUUUUUGGUAUUUUGUAACUUUCAUGUUUAUAUACAAAUUGGAACUUUGGCUUGCCACAUGGCUCAGCGUUUUCUACUGCACCAAGAUCUCCACCAUCGCUCACCCACUCUUCUUUUGGUUGAAGUUGAGGAUCUCCAAGUUGGUGCCAUGGCUGAUUUUGGGGACCGUGCUAUAUGCAUUGCUCACUUCUGUUUUACACAGCAACUAUGCAUGGAUUCUCUCCCAAAAAACCUGGUCGAGGAUCGUUUUUCAGAAUGCAACAACUCAAACCAAAGAUGUACCUGCGUUACAGUUUGCAUUUUUGGUCAUUGAGCUCUCGUUGCCCUUAGUUAUCUUCCUUAUCUCUGCUCUUCUCCUGAUAUUUUCCCUGGGGAGACACACCCAGCAGAUGAUAAGCACAGCAGCGGGGGCCAGGCCCCCCAGCGCGAGUGUCCACAUCAGCGCUCUCCGGUCCUUCCUGUCCUUCCUGGUCCUCUACGUCUCCCAGUACAUGAUGGCUACUUUAAUCCUCUCUCAGAUUUUCAAGAGGAGAAACUUCAUCUUCAUGUUCUGCAUGUUGGUGGUGGGUUUAUACCCUUCCGUACACUCUAUUAUCUUAAUUUUAGGAAAUCCUAAACUGAAACAAAAUGCAAAGAAGUUCCUCCUCCACAGUAAGUGCUGUCAGUGA